GGUAGUGCGUUAGGCGGUUCGCGCGUUAAUUUGAGUUGGAAAGUUCCUCCGUCUGAAAAAUCUUCUGUAAAUAACUGGAUAAAACAGUAUAAAUAAAAAGUACGGUAUAUUCGCUACAUGGCGAUGCAGAUGGAGCAACAUGUUCAGCCACAGGCCACUGAGGAAGACGAGGAAAACUUUGGGCCAUUGCGUGUCAAAGUAUUAGAGAGUCACGGGAUUAGUGCAGCAGAUGUGAAAAAGCUUGAGGACGGUGGAUAUUACACAAUAGAGGCUAUCGCAUUUACACCCAAGAAGCAACUGCUUACGAUAAAAGGCAUAAGUGAAGCUAAGGCAGACAAAAUAUUGGUGGAGGCGGCAAAGCUGGUUCCGAUGGGAUUCACUACGGCGACCGAGUUUCACCAAAAACGAUCCGAGAUCAUACAGAUCACGACCGGUUCAUCCGAACUCGACAAGCUACUUGGAGGUGGCAUUGAAACUGGCUCUAUCACAGAGAUCUUUGGAGAAUUCAGAACAGGAAAAACCCAGAUUGCACAUACGAUUGCUGUCACAUGUCAGUUGCCAAUAGACCAUAAUGGAGGCGAAGGCAAAUGUUUGUACAUAGACACAGAAGGAACAUUCAGACCGGAGCGAUUACUAGCAGUUUCUGAGAGGUAUGGCUUGAUGGGCCAGGACGUGCUGGAUAACGUUGCUUAUGCCCGCGCCUACAACACCGACCAUCAAACCCAACUACUCAUACAGGCCUCAGCCAUGAUGGCAGAUUCGAGGUACGCGCUACUGAUAGUGGACAGUGCGACGGCACUCUAUCGCACCGACUACUCGGGUCGUGGUGAGCUCGCAGCAAGACAGAUGCACAUGGGACGCUUCCUCCGGCUGCUGCUGCGGCUAGCUGACGAGUUUGGUGUUGCUGUAGUUAUCACGAAUCAAGUCGUGGCGCAGGUAGAUGGCGCUGCUAUGUUCAGCGCCGACCCUAAGAAGCCAAUAGGCGGCAACAUCAUGGCGCACGCAUCCACAACAAGGUUGUACCUUAGGAAGGGGCGUGCCGAAACUCGUAUCUGUAAGAUAUACGACUCGCCCUGCCUGCCCGAGUCGGAGGCCAUGUUUGCGAUAAAUGCAGACGGCAUCGGCGAUGCAAAGGACUGAUGGCAUUGUGGGACGCGAGAUAGGAUGGUGCCGCGGCUGCUUAAAUAUCCCCCCCCCUCCGAAACCCCGGGCCUGACACGGAGACCACUAGUACUCACACGCUGUGUUAUAAACGAUUGUCAUAUCAAAGUUUACACUUAUCACUCCUGUAUGAUCAGGUAGUCAAUUCUUAAUUUCUUUUUUAGUAAAAUACAUAUUUUCAACCUAGUAUAACAGUGGUGGAUGCAGUAAUACAUACCAAAAUUGGCCGAUUGAGUUUUCCUGUGAUUGCCAAAAGCAAAUAUUUAAUACAUUGCAUUGCAAAAAUGUUUUUGCAUUAUUUUUAAGUCAAUUGUAUAUUUAUGUACAGUAGAAAUGAAAUGUACAGUAUGUAGCUUUAAAUUGUGUCAUAUAUACUAAUGUUGAGUGUUUGUGUGAAAUAAAAACAUACUUGGUUAAGUGUUA